AUAACUGGGCGGUAUAAAGCGGAAGCUAGGCAUAACAGAAAGAUAAGACAAGAAAACAAGAAAAUAGUAUAAAAUUUUCGUUCAAUUAUGGAUUCAAAAGGGCACAGGGUUGUUGUAUGUGAUAAUGGGACCGGGUUUGUCAAGUGUGGAUUCGCUGGAUCAAACUUUCCCGAGCAUAUUUUUCCGUCAAUGGUUGGACGGCCAAUUAUUCGCUCGACGGCAAAAGUUGGCGAUAUAGAAAUUAAGGAUUUAAUGGUUGGAGACGAAGCUAGUCAACUGAGGCACAUGUUAGAAUGUAACUAUCCAAUGGAUAAUGGAAUUGUAAGAAGUUGGGAUGACAUGAAGCAUGUGUGGGAUUAUACGUUUGGUCCAUCAAAACUAAAUCUUGACACUAAAAACUGCAAGGUCUUACUUACGGAGCCACCAAUGAAUCCAAUGAAAAAUCGUGAAAAAAUGAUAGAGGUGAUGUUUGAGAAUUAUCAAAUGGCAGGUGUCUACAUAGCCAUUCAAGCUGUUUUGACAUUGUAUGCACAAGGUUUAUUAACUGGAGUUGUAAUCGACUCAGGUGAUGGAGUGACUCAUAUUUGUCCUGUGUAUGAGGGUUUUGCUUUACCACAUUUAACUAGAAGAUUGGACAUUGCUGGUCGUGACAUCACAAAAUAUCUAAUUAAAUUGCUACUACUACGAGGCUAUGCAUUUAACCACACUGCAGACUUUGAAACUGUUCGCAUGAUGAAGGAAAAGUUAUGUUAUGUUGGAUAUAACAUAGAGCAAGAACAAAAGUUAGCUAAUGAAACCACUGUGCUUGUGGAACAGUAUACACUGCCUGAUGGUCGCAUUGUGAAAGUUAGUGGUGAAAGAUUUGAAGCACCAGAGGCUCUCUUCCAACCUCAUCUUAUCAAUGUGGAGGGUGUUGGGAUGGCUGAGUUGUUGUUCAACACCAUUCAAGCUGCAGACAUUGAUACAAGAAUGGAGUUCUAUAAGCACAUUGUGUUGUCAGGAGGGUCCACAAUGUACCCUGGAUUGCCAAGUCGCUUAGAACGGGAAAUAAAGCAACUGUACCUUGAGCGAGUGCUGAAAGGAGAUGGAAAAAAUCUUGCUAAAUUCAAGAUUCGAAUUGAGGAUCCGCCACGUCGUAAGCACAUGGUGUUUCUGGGUGGAGCUGUUCUGGCAGAAAUCAUGAAAGAUAAAGAUAAUUUUUGGAUAACCAAACAAGAAUACGAAGAAAAAGGCACAAAGUGUUUGGAAAAACUUGGAGUUAGUGUUUAGAACUCUUUGAGGGCCUAAUCAAUUCAAUUAUGUUACAAACCAACCCAGUUAUUUUCUAAUCUCGUGAUUUAAGUACUUUUUUUAAUGCAGCCAUUGCAUUGCUACACUCAGAUACAAAAAAACUACAUAAGAUUGCUUUUGCUAAAAAAGUGAGAUCAAUCAUAUGUUUUAACAAUUUCUAUAAUAUGGCAUAACUACAAGAUAAUAUUCUGCUUUUCAAAUGUAAAAGCUGUAGAAGUUGCCACUUGUGGAGCAUAUAUUUAUGUUUCAUUUUUGGCUGUAUCCUCAAUUGUAAAGACACAAGUGUUUUGUAGUUCUCUUUACAAGAUUAUGAUGCGUAACGUGUAAUUUAAAUUUAUAAAUAUAUUUGCAAAAAGA